GUGUAGCUGCCAGGAAACAAGUGGACGUUAGGGCAAAUCGCAUGUUCUCGUGCCAUUCGGAUAAAAUUUAAAGCAUUUGCUAUUUACUCUUCUUUGCAAUAAUGAGAAGGUAGACAAGACGACGGUCUUUGGAGUGACUAUAGAUAACUGACUGCAUCUCCAAAGAGAAGCUUCUACCAUCCCUGCGUAAUCAUUUAACCAGCGUUUAUUCCUAUCGACAUGUAAAUAUCGGUUGGACAAAAAAUAUAUAAUUUCGGAUUAUUUGUAUAUAUCGCAGGCAUAUGCAACACGUUGUUGGUAAGCAAAGCUGUAAAUGAUAUACAAGAUUGGAUUAUUUUACAUGGAAUGACAACCCGUGGAACCUCAUGCCCCAUCGCCGUCCCCCGGCCCCAGUUCACAGAGCGAGCGCCUCCCCCCCAUCUGGAGACGCGCUGCUGACCCCCAGCCGGCGUCCCCCUGGUCCCAGGGGUUGUACUCGGACACCAUGCGCAGAUUUGCCUACUGCAAGGUGGUGCUGACCACCUCGUUGGUGUGGGUGCUGGUGGACGUCUUCCUCCUGCUCUACUUCAGCGAGUGCAACAAGUGUGAUGACCGGAAGGACCGGUCUCUGCUCCCUGCUCUGAGAGCCGUCAUGUCGCGGACCCACGAAGGCCCUGGGGAGAUGGGGAAGGCUGUGAACAUCCAGAAGGAGGACCAGGAGAAAAUGAAGGAGCUUUUUAAGAUUAACCAGUUUAACCUCCUGGCCAGCGAUCUGAUAGCGCUUAACAGGAGCCUGCCCGACGUGAGGCUCGAUGGCUGCAAGACCAAGGUUUACCCAGACGACCUGCCCAACACCAGCGUCGUCAUCGUGUUCCACAACGAGGCCUGGAGCACGCUGCUGCGGACUGCCCACAGCGUCAUCAACCGCUCCCCUCGGCAUCUCCUGCUCGAGAUCCUGCUGGUGGACGAUGCCAGCGAGAGAGAUUUCUUGCAAAAGAAGCUGGAGGACUAUGUACGGACCCUAGAAGUGCCGGUACGGAUUUUGAGGAUGCAGCAGCGCUCCGGGUUGAUCCGAGCCAGGCUCCGGGGCGCGGCGGCUGCUCGAGGUCAGGUGAUCACCUUCCUGGACGCCCACUGUGAAUGUACGAUAGGAUGGCUGGAACCGCUGCUGGCUAGGAUUAAAGAGGACAGAAAAGCAGUGGUUUGCCCGAUUAUCGAUGUGAUCAGUGACGACACCUUCGAGUACAUGGCGGGCUCCGACAUGACCUACGGGGGAUUCAACUGGAAGCUGAAUUUCCGUUGGUACCCUGUGCCUCAGAGGGAGAUGGACAGGCGGAAAGGGGACCGGACACUUCCUGUCAGAACUCCCACCAUGGCGGGGGGUCUGUUUUCUAUCGACAGAACAUAUUUUGAAGAAAUUGGAACAUAUGACCCAGGCAUGGAUAUCUGGGGCGGAGAGAACCUGGAACUGUCUUUCAGGAUCUGGCAGUGUGGUGGCUCUCUGGAGAUCGUCACCUGCUCUCACGUCGGCCAUGUGUUCCGGAAGGCCACCCCGUACAGCUUUCCCGGGGGCACCGGCCAAGUCAUCAACAAGAACAACAGGCGCCUGGCCGAGGUCUGGAUGGAUGAAUUCAAAGACUUCUUCUAUAUCAUAUCACCAGGUGUGAUGAAGGUGGAGUAUGGAGACGUGUCAUCGCGCAAGACCCUUCGGGAAGCCCUGCAGUGUAAAUCCUUCUCCUGGUACCUGGAGAACAUCUACCCUGACUCCCAGAUCCCAAGAAGAUACUUCUCACUGGGUGAAAUUCGAAAUGUGGAAACCAACCAGUGUAUCGACAACAUGGGAAGGAAGGAGAACGAGAAGGUCGGCUUCUUCAACUGCCACGGGAUGGGAGGGAACCAGGUGUUUUCCUACACUGCGGAUAAAGAGAUCCGGACGGACGACCUUUGCCUGGAUGUGUCGCGGCUAAAUGGUCCCGUCAUCAUGCUCAAGUGCCACCACAUGAAGGGGAACCAGAUGUUUGAGUAUGACACGGAGCGGCUGACCCUCCUCCAUGUGAACAGUAACCAGUGCUUGGACAUGCCAUCAGAAGAGGACAAGAUGGCUCCCACCCUACGGGACUGCACGGGCAGCCGCUCUCAGCAGUGGCUGCUCAGGAACAUGACCCUCAAUGUCUGAUCCCCCUCCCUGCUCCCCGCCUCCGUCGUACCGGCCUGCUCCCAGCUGCGCUGGUCUGCACAGCUGUCCCUCUGACCAACAUCUGCAUCUCAUGGACCUCCUCAAGGCUUCAAGGAAGUGCCACCCGAUUGGGCCCUCCCACCAAGUCGGUGAUAGGCGUGGCCGGUCAGAGUGGUCCAAUGACAAUGUGGUGGGCGGAGCCAUGAGCCAGGUGCCGCUGCCUCCUUGGGACUCAGGUGUUUCCCAUCUCCUCCUGCAUAACUAUGUGGUGGAGGUAGUGUUUGGAAACAGUUAAAUAAAAACAGCAUGUCUUUAUGUACUUGUUCUUCAGAACAUUUACUUAUGUCCGUCUUCAGUAUGUGCAGCAAGAUCAUGAACGUAGUGGAAUAUAAUUUUUUUGUGUCCUCAGUUGCUUGAUUCAUGCUUUCAGGCUUUAAACCAGGGGGAUUCUACUAUUCAUAACCUAGGGACAUGAAAACAGCAGAGCUGCUGACCCCUUGCUUUACAGGCGAACAGGGUACCCCUUCCUCAGCGUGAAAGCCCUUGAUUUAAACCACAUUCCACGUUUACAUCAGGGACAGUAUUACCUGAGUCUUUUAACAUCACAAAGGUUUGUUGGUUAUUUUAUUUGCUGUGCGUGCAAGUUAUCAUUAUAUGCACAUAUAUGUGUCGAAUGUAUGAUGUUAUCGAUCAUGACGCACAUUUGGACUCGGACUGUUACCAAAAGAAGUCCUGACAUUUUUAUUGCGUCGUUGGCGACCACAGUCAAUGUGAAUUCUAUGAUCCGCUGCGGAUCUGCAGUGUUUCUGUUGAGGAAGCAAAAAUGUCACAUGCCUUAAAAAUAUUAUUGUGGCAUGCAUGUAUAAAAUAAGUGAUUUUUUAUUUUUUUUUUGCAAUAAAAAUAAUACUGGAAAAGCUAGUUCGUGAAGCUUCUGUUAGAUCAAGUGCAUGGCCAUCAAACUGCAGUAUGUUUUCUGAGACUUUUAAACUGAAAAGUGAAAAUAAUCCAGUCUUCACAAGUUUCUGAUAUAUUGUAUUAUACAUGUAUGAAUUCUGUAAAGGUUAUUUAUUCCCUUGUAGUGGAUGAAAAGAUUAAAUUUUUCUUUACUGUCUAACGAUUUAUUUAUGCUGACAUUUUUAAUUUGCUGAUUUUUUGUGUUUUCCAUUGUUGUACUUGAAAGAUUCUGUUUUUUUAUGAAAGAAUGAAACUACAUAACAUUAUUUUAUGAAAGAUAUAUAACUUCAGGGAGUUAAUAUAUGUUAUUGGUGUUUUUGUUCUGUGCUGUAUUUAAAAUCGGAAUCUUUGAGAGCAGCUUGUCCUGGUCUUUGCACAAAGGAUCCAAGUUAUACCCAUGAUAUACCCAUUUAAAUUUAAUUGCUCAAGCAGACUGACACAUAAACAGUCCCUAAGGUAAUAUUAAAUAAUAUAUAGUUAACCGAUGUUGCCAUUUCUGCUGCCUACGCCUUGUUAAUCUCUUCUGUUGACCAGAGUAGCAUGCCGUCAGUUUCACUCGCGAUGGUAAAAUGAUUGCUGCUUGUUGUUAUCUGAAAGCAGUGACAAGACUGCAGGGUUUACCCUUAUUGGUGGCUAGUGGUAUAUGUGGGUUUAGGCCAAGAGUGAAGGAAUCACAGAAGACAAUGGAUCAUGAUGCGUUUAGCAAGUUUAGCUGCGGGCAAAGAGAUUGUCAAGCAAAGCAUAAGGAAAACAGAUUGUUCUGUAUUAUACUUUUUUUUUUCAGAAUCCAUUGCAUUAACUUUAUUUUUGAUGAUCUUUAUUAUUUUUUUAUAAUUAUGCCCUUGGCACUUUACAGAUAUGUAAGAUUUUUUCUAUGAAUGAUGGAGCAGUAAAUAUAUAAUCGAUUUUAUUUAUUGUCACAUUUCUAAUGUGGCAUAUUAUAUACAAUAUAUUCGUAUUUUUAUAGAAAAGUAGACAAGAAUUUUGAACUACUGAAGUGGGAAUGGGCAGCACACAAUAAUCUGUUAAAGCACUGUGCCACGCACAUCUCAUCUGUGUUUUUUUGUAAUUGGGUGGAAUUGUGAAAUAAAGUUGUAAAAGUGGUCCAUGGAAUGAAGACUUGGAGAACGUGGGAAGCCGUCCCUGUGAAUUAGUCAUAAAAGAUUUAGCACAAAAGAUGUAACAAUUUCAGUGGGUGUCUCGAGUCAUGAUUGGGAAAAGCUUUGGUACUGCGACAAUUACUUCCAUUUGCCAUUUGUAAUUCUUCCCAUUUCAAAAUAAAUCGACGCAGUGAAAAUAACUAGUUGACAAACUGUAUUAGUGUCCUGAAAUGCUUCACCAGUUGUUGAUUGGUACCUGGAUGCCCCCAAUUGCCUGUACAUAUUGAAUAUUUGGAGUUUUAUUUUCUCGUUUGUUUCGAAGGUCUGUUGUUGACAGUGCAUGAUACUAAGUGAUGUAGUUUGUGUCUUUGUAUUCGUCUUGAAGCUGUUAGGUAACUGCCACCUGUUUGUAUGUUUUAUAAAGAUUUUUUAAGUUCAUCCAAUAUAGAGGAAUAUAGAAAUUGAAACUAUAAUAAAUGGCUAAGAUUCUUAACUCACUGACUCGAAUGCAAGUAAAUUUUUUGUGCUUUUUUUAAUCCAUGUGAUACCAUUACCUCAAAUUUACUUUUGUUUCCUGUUAUCCCUCAAUGUUUGCUGUGACAAAUGUUAAUUAAUUGAAACAUCUUUAAUCACAUUCUCUGUAAGCGACCAAUACUUUUUACAUUUUUUUUUCUUCGUUUAACCAAAAACUAAUAAACCAAUUUUAACAUCAGGGGAGGGUGCUGUAUUGGCGUGUGUGAACAUUACCUGAAGUUGUUAAGUCUUCUUCAUGCAAGCUCAAAGUGAGAUGUCUCACGAAAGAUCUGAAAAUAACUUUGCUAAUUAAACUUUCCUGGUUUUAUUUACGCUA